AUGGAUGAAUGUAGUAACGUUUUGUGGAAUUGUUUGGAAGAUGUUCUAGAAGAUGCAGCCGCUUUAGAAUCUUUCAAAGAAUGGUUUAGAGACGGUCGCAGUACGAAAAUUGUUGAUUCCAUAGAUCUGUACUUCGCAAUCAAAGCUUUCAAGAAUUUGAGUCAGCGCAAUGACCCUAAAUGCACUGAAAUUGCAUGCAAAAUCCAUCGAAAAUACAUCAGUAUGCGUAGUGGUACGUGCAUUUUUCUCCCAGAUGAAACUAGAAAAGAAAUGUCCGUACGAAUUCACGCUUUGUCAGCCAGCAAAGUUCCGCGUGAAAAUCUGUUCGAACCUUGCUUACAUGAGGUGUUAGAAUAUUUGCGGAAGCAGUAUGCUAUCUUCGUGAAUUCUAAUCAUUUCUGCAAUCUGGUAAAUCAAAAUGCAGAAGUAAAAGAGACACCAGUCGUCUUUAUUGGAAAUGAAAAUGACGAAAUGACGUGUUCCAUGGGAUGUUGUCACACGUGUGCUUCAACUAGCGCUGAAAGUGUGCUGCGCUCCGCUAAUCAUAGUUCAGUUUGGAAAAAGUGGAAAGCACCGAGACGAAGUACAGCUGUACAAAAUGUGAGUAAACGGGAUUCAGGUGAUUCUGUAUCAUGCAGUGCUGCGUCAGGUGAAGACGUUGGAAAUAAACAGUGUAAUUGGAAACGUCGAUCUGAACGCUUGUUUUCGCAAAGAGUUCAUGGCCUGCAACAGGACCAAGUAUUUUAUACCUGUCCACCAGAUGGCAGUGACUUUAAGCAUCAACGACCGGAAGAAAGGGAACGGUUCUCGGAAAUUCUUUGCUAUAAACUGAACAAAAUUUUAUCUCGUUUAGAGCAACAUAAACGUGAAACAGGAAAUGAAAUAUAUGCAAGAGAUUUGAAACAUUUAUCGACAACAGCCGAAAAAAUAGAUGAGGCAGAUUCGAUAAUCAGCGAUGAUUCGUUGGAUAAGUAUGAACAACGAAUGAAUGCUGAGUGGGAUACAAAUCCUAAAGAGGAUAGACGUCGCUCGCAAUCAGCAUCACCGGUGCGUUGGACAAGUACAUUUCACGUAACUAAUUUGUCAAAUCCAUAUGGUCGUAAUGGUUUUGCGCCACCACCUGGUGUUAUUACUGCCUUGAAAGAUUAUGCAAGCUGUGCACAGAAUCCUGGAUUUCAUAGUUUGCGUAGCACAACACCUUUGUCCAACAAUGAGUACGGUGGGCAUCGUUAUUCGGAUAGUUCGGGUUUCUGCAGUUCUGAAUCAGCUAAUGUCGUUAAUCGCGCAGCAUUAUUUGAAAAAGCUAGACACAUGGCAAUGUCUACUCAAAAUACUUCCUUUUCACAAUGUAAAUCUAGAACAUGCAGUGAAGUUUCUAGCAAUAGCUUUUAUUAUUGUUCUUGUCCUUACGAACAAAAACAACGAUUGUUUACUGACAACAUUGGUGGAAACUUUUGUCCACAACAGCAGUAUCUUACAGUAUCAUACAAAGAAGAACAUGCCGAAGCACCAUUUGUAGCUAAAUUGGAAAUGAGAGAUAUAACAUUUCGCGAGUUUCGUCGAUGUUUUGGUAUUUCAUCGAAGACGACUAAAAGUGUCAUGAGAAUAGAAAGCUUUUCUUCUAGGUUUUUUUUCAAAAGUGACUGCGAAGAUUGUUCGGCACCCUAUCAGUGGACCAUAGUUGAUGAUGACUGUACCGUUUUACCCGUGUUUGAAGGUCGAAUAACGGCAGAAUGUCGAAGUUGUUCUGAUUUUGACUGA